AUGUCACAGCCAAAAGCUGCGAAACCGUUAGUUUUAAAUGAAUUGUUAAUAAAAAAUGUUAACACCUGGGGAAAUGUUCAAUACAAUAUCCCAUUGCGACUGUCUAAUAAUGAAACGAGGACUGCGGCGAAUAUUGCUCAUAGGCAUAUACCAGCAAUACCACACAGUUUGGAUUGUAAAAUAGAUGAUCCAUUACCAGAAAGAGUUACGGGACGUGAUAUGGUGGUUGAAAAGGAGUCGUAUAAAACAACGACAGGAGAAUAUUGUGUGAAGCCAAACCCCAAUAAGGCUAUGGAAAGAGCCGAUUGUGCUAUCAAUUGUCGAAGAGUUAUUUUUAUGACUGGUGUUGAGAAAAGGAUACAAAGCAAAAGCAUUGUACAACCAAUAAUGAUAUCGGAAAUGAAGGAUAACUUUAGGGGAUUAACAAAAACACCAACAGCGCCACCUGACGUAACGGUCAAAGCACCGGAUCCGGAAUACAUUUUCGAUGUAGUAGCAUCUGGAAGAAAUGAGGCACCAGUAAUACCAGAUAGUGCAGGUGGCUUCCGAAGACUUUUGGAUCCGUAUGUCUCAACUUACAGAGCGUACCAUAAGCCCUUUUCAGUGGAAGACCAGUACGGAAUCGGCGCUAAAGAUCAGAUCACAUUUUAUUCCGAAUUCAAUGUUCCUAAGGUUCGCGGCUUUGGGCCAAGGCACAAAGAAAUUUGGAUGCCGCUUACAGCAAAAGUGCACAGAAAUGUAUACGAUAGAAUACACGUCAAGAAGGAAUAUAAAGAGGUCGCUGCGUGUCACAAUCCUGUUAACAACAUAAAAGGGGUUUUCGAAUCAGAAAUGAAGAAAAAGUACAAAAUCCCAUUCGCGUCGUCAUCGCUGGCCUCAUGGGAUCACGGGGAAUCAUUUGAUCUCGCUCCUUUGCCGCCAAACCCGUAUCAGACCAAUCUUCCUCCAUUCAUGUAUUGCAGCGACUAUUGUCACAUCGCACAAGGAACCCCACCGUAUACAGUUGUCGAUCAGUUGAAACAUCAAAGGAAACCGCACAAGCCUUGCGCUAAUAGAUUCAUAGUGUCUAGGGAUUUCGUUCCAUAG